CAGGAAGGAAAGACGAUAGCUGCGGUUGCCUGCGAAACGAAACUCGCCGUGAAACAAAUGCCCAGUAUGGCUGCGCAACAGCUUGCCCCGCAUACAGUAAUCUCAAGAACGCUGCCGAUGCUGGUGGCUGAGAUGGGCGAACUCCGAGGUCCCCCGUUUUGCUGAAAUGGCGACUGUCGCCACUGCUCCUCGUUCAGGCUUCCUCUAGAAUUCAUGAGAGUCCAAGCCUGUAGUGAUGUCACCGAUAGCAAACCCUUCACAUACCGUGCAAGCUCUACGGAAUGAAGCUCCAGGGAUUCAUACGUUAAGGGUGUCUAUCCGUACGUCAUCGCCGGCUCGUCAGGGGCUAGUAUCCCAUGUCAAUUGGUCAAAGAUUGUGUCUUUACUGCUGACCAAGGCUCGUCUUGUGACCGGAGGGCCCGGCCUUCAAUGACAAACUGAGGUCAAUCCUGGAAGUAUCGGGACACCACUGGUGGGCCACUCAUGGCCCACAACCCGCCACCGGACCUCGGGCAGGAGGCUUCUGCCAGGCCGGUUGAAGAACAGAUACUGGAGAUUUAUGAAGACCUGCUCGACGGUUUCCUGGUAGACAUUGCGUCUGAAGUGCAUCGCGAGGCGGCCCUAGGCCCUGCUGCCCGGCCCCCUGACGAGCGGCCCCCCCUCCCUGAGCCUAGUCUUCCCCCUGGGCUGCCCCCCAUCCCUGUUGCCAAGAUCCCCAAGGACUGCCGGGUGGAUGUUUUUGGGCAGAUCAUCCCGCCUGUGCCAACGGACAAGUUCAACUGCCAAAACUGCGGCAGCGUCGUAGUCGCCAGCCGCUACGCGCCGCACCUUGAGAAAUGCAUGGGCAAGGGUCGCACCGCGUCGCGCGCUGCGUCGCGUGCUCUUGCCAGCCAGCAGAAUGCGCGCCGCCUGCGCGCCAGCCCCGCCCCCUCCAGCGGCACCGCCACCCCCCCUCCCAGCCUGGCGGGGGGCGCCGCGUCCACAGAGGGGGGCCUCGGGACGGGCAGCUCGGGGGGGCUGGGAGAAGAAGGAGGAGCGGACGACUCGUCAGAGGAAAGUGACGACGAGGCCAAGGAUUCUUCGUACGGCCCUGGGGGGAAGAAUCGAGGUGGUCGAAAGGGCGGCCUGCGAAAGCUUGGCCCGCAAAAAAAGGGGCGGUCGGUUCGGCGGGGCUCGCCCCUCGCACGGCGCGAACUGCAGGGGUCGGGGAAACCCCGAGUGGUGCUAAGCCAGCCGCCCGUGGUCCAGGUGAUUGCCGGGGACGGCGCGGGAAACGGCGGGAAAAUCAUCAUCCCGGCAGGGUGGGCGGCACGCGCCGCGCAGCUGCGACCAGGCUCCGCAGAGAGGCGAGGGGUGAGCGCACCUGUGUGGUCGCCCGAUCCGCCAGCCGCGUGUGAAGUCGCAAACGAGACGUCUCCGGACGAGGCACCAACGACGUCGGUGCCUACCUCCAACAACGAAAAGCGGCGGCGCGAGCAGUACAUGAGCGUAAACGCCCCAUUCGAUCAAGCGUCGUUAGUUUCAGAAAGCUUACCAGAACCAUCAGAAAACUUUAGCGUGGGUAGGGGCCGGGGCAGGCGUGCCUCGAACGGGAGGGGCCGGGGGGGUCGAAGGAGGGGGGGAGGAGGGGGUGGUAGAACGAGUGUCGAUAGCGUUGCUUUAGGCGAAACUAACGAAGAUCUAGCAGCCGAACAAGUACGAAAGCGGCAGAAAAAACCUCCAGUAAAGUACAAGGAAGAGAGUGCGCUUCGAAGCGGAAGCAUGGUGGUCCUCGACGAAUAGCGGGCGGCCACUGAUACGGGAACCAUCAGAAAGCUUUAAUCGGUGCAGCCAAUGAAUGCGCGCUUAGGACGGUUUGAAAGUCAUUGAUCAGCUCAGAGGACCUCAGCACUGCUCGCCUAGACUCUUGCCCAGCUCUUUGUUUGCAGGCAUAACUGAGUUAACCAUCGUCAAGUCAGGCAAAUCAUACGUCGUUCGGUUGGCCGGCCAUCUGGCAAGUGUGCCCUGCACAAAUCAAGUCGGCCGUUUUGCC